AUAGUCAAACUGGCAUGAUGAACCACGGAGCAGGUUUCAUUUCACGUCUGUCUUUCUGUCUGCAGCCAGAUGUUUUCCUCGCUGCCAGAACAGAGGGCUGUGCCGGCGCUCCAACCGCUGCGUGUGCCGACAGGGUUUCCACGGUUACCGCUGCGAGUCCCCGGUGCCGUCCGUCCAUCCCACCGUCAGCCCUCCCCAGCUUCCUGUGCUCUACACCCCACAAACUCAGACCGGACCCUCAGAGACCCAAACCGGAGACCAGCUUCAUGGCAGCAAGUUCUGGUCCCGCUGCCGUUUUAGCAAAACCUGGAAAAAACCCCGAUCUGAAUCCAACCUGGACUCCAGCGGACACCCUCAACAAGGAACACACUCCUUUCUCCAGGGCGGGUUUUGGUGGGUUUGAAGUCACCCAGACAAAAACUGAGGAGAAGGACUGGGUUCAUCAUCUGGUGAAAAAACCAGGUGUCUCUCAAGGUAAAGAGAUCAAAAUAAAAACAGUGGAAACUCGAACAAAGACAGAAGUGGAGCCAGAGAUUAACAAUCUCCAACUCCGCAAAGGAAACUCACAGAACCAAGAGUUCGUGCCAAUGUCUGAUUCACAGACUCCUGUAGAGGACGGUUUGGACUGGAAGUCUGCACCACCGACCAGAACGGAGCAAAGAGAAGCCUCAGAACCGCCGACAAAGGAAACGCCCAGUAACAUCACAAAUGCAGAGUCGGUUUUAUGGGCCGACCCUGAGAGGACAGCGUCAGAGACAGAAGCUUUGAGUCCAGAACCAAACCUGGGACCUACUGAGCAACAACAGCAAGCGGAGGACAGACUGGAUCCAAAGACCCUGGGAGGCUCGGAACCCCCUGGUCUGGACUCGGAGCCGGGUCUGAGAACGAAGAAAGAACGGGAUGCAUCAGAGGAGCUGAGGAAGGAAGUGAAGGGUGGAGCGAAGACACUGUUGCAGAGUGUGAGGGAGGCCCAGAUGCUGCUCCUCAGAUCAGCUCUGACCCAGGGAGGACGUGGAGACAAACUGGCCUCGCUGCUCAUCCAGCGCAUCAAGAAGGAGAGGAGCAAACUGGGCGGCUUGACGUCCUCCGCGUCCACGUUCCACACUCAGAGGGGCCGUUACAGCGUUGAGGUCAGCGCCCGCACAGCCGAUGGGCAGCAGGCUACAGGAGGAGGAGGGAUGGAGAGGAUCCAGGUGAUGUUCACGCCCACCAUCUGCAAGGUGCGCUGCAGCCACGACAAAUGCGUCAACUACUGUGAGCGAGGCAACGUGACCACGCUGUACAGCAGCAGCAGCAGCAGCCGCCGCACGCCAGCGGGAGCACGAGACGCGUCGCAGGGACCCGGCUUCCGAGUCUCUCCGGCUCCGUCCAUGGCAAAGGUCCGAGUGCAGCACCCGCCUGAGGCCAGCGUGAAAAUCCACCAGGUGCUCAGGGUGCCUGGACCCAGUCCCGCCCUUCGGACCCUCUCGUCCUCUUCCUCAGGUUCAGCAGGAGCUCCGGCCCCAGCGAGCAGGAGCCUCCAGGCUCCGACCGUGAGGGGGGGCGGCACGCACAUGCAGCAGUCUGGCUUCAAGUACUGCUUCAGGGAGGUCAAAGAUGGACAGUGCAGCUCUCCUCUGCCCGGACUGAGGAGCAGGGACAUGUGCUGCAGAGGAAUCGGGAAAGGCUGGGGAAUCACAGACUGUGUCCUCUGCCCCGAUAGCCCAGGUCAAAGCAACAGUAGCUGCCCUGCAGGGUUCGAGCUAAGCAAUGGAACACAGUGUGUCGAUGUGAAUGAGUGCCUCCUGCUGGGGCUGUGUGAGAACGGCAUCUGUGUGAACACCAGGGGGAGCUAUAGCUGUGUCUGUAGCGCAGGGUUCAUCCUCGACGCCACUCACGGCAUCUGCAUCUCCCACAGUGUGAUAUCAGAGGAGAAGGGACAGUGUUUCCGGGUCCUGGGUUCGGGUCAGGGUUCGUCGUCCUGCUCUCUGCCCAUCCUGAGGAACAUCACCAAGCAGAUCUGCUGCUGCAGCAGAGUUGGUAAAGCCUGGGGACCCAACUGCCAGAGAUGUCCUCACUUUGGUUCAGCGGCCUUUAAGGAGAGCUGUCCAGCUGGUCCCGGUUAUCACUAUUCAGCUUCGGCCCUGCAGUUUAACCAGAGGGUGACAGAGCAGCUGGGCAGACGAGGAGUUCUGCCGGUUACGCACCAGAACCAGGGCCCAGUUUCUGGGACCAAUGGCAGCGGAGUCUCCAGAUCUCAGCAGAACCCGUCCUCUGGAGCAGUAGCUGGUGGAGCGAGUAUCUCUCAGAGUUCAGUUUCAAGUGUUGGCUCUGUGUCAACGGAGGCCGGCAGUACCCAGAGCAGACCCAGUUUGCCCCAGUCUCCUGGCAGUACCGGCACAACCACCCAGGACAGGCCCCAGACCCCUGGGAGACCCGGCGCCCAGCAGAACCGGUCUGAACCAUUAGAUUCUGCUCCGUCCUCCGGUCAAGCAGGCGGCAGCUCCUCCUCGGAGUCCCGGCCAGGCCAACCACCAGCUAGAGGCGACGCCUUUGCUCCUGUUCAGCCACCGAGACCUCAGAAUAAACCGGUGGUCAGCCCGACGACCCGGCCCAGAGUCCAGCUGGUGCCAGGUGUGUGUGACACCAGACCAGGUGUGUGUGGGCGGGGCCUCUGCAUGGACCAACCAGGUGGGAAGCACAGCUGUGUGUGUGAUCAGGGAUACCAGCCCAACUCUCAGAGCACACACUGCCAAGAUGUGAAUGAGUGUGUGCAGUCUCCAGGUGUGUGCUUGGUUGGCACGUGUGUGAACGUCAUGGGAAGCUACAGGUGUGUGUGCCCAUCUGGAUACAGGAGCAGCAUCCAGCAGACCAGUUGCCAAGACAUCAACGAGUGUCAGCUGAACGUGUGCGGUAACGGUCGCUGUGAAAACACCCCAGGUAGCUACAGGUGUGUUUGUCACCAUGGUUACAGGCUCACUGGGAACACCUGCACAGAUGUGGAUGAGUGUAAAGACCCUACCCAGUGUCCUGGUCAGGAGUGCAUCAACAGCCGGGGCUCGUAUCGCUGUGUGUCCUGUCAGCCUGGCUAUAGUCUGCUCAACGGGCUCUGUGCAGACAUUGAUGAAUGUCAACAGACUCACUGCGUCAACGGUCGCUGUGAAAACACACCUGGAAGCUACCGCUGUGUCUGCCGCAACGGCUACAGACUGCGGAACCACACCUGUGCAGAUGUGGACGAGUGUGCAGAGGCGUCGCAGUGUCCUGGUCAGAUGUGUGUGAACUCUGUGGGGUCGUACCACUGUGUGUCCUGUCAGCCAGGAUACACUCUGACCAACAGGCAGUGCACAGACGUAGAUGAGUGUGUGAGGGUCGAGGCGUGCGAUGCAGAGCGAGUGUGUGUCAACACGAUGGGUUCGUUCCGGUGCGACUGUCCACCAGGUUUCCGCACCGUGGGCCUGGGUAGACAGUGCAGAGACAUUAACGAGUGUCUGGAGGGAGACUUCUGUUUCUCUGGGGGUGAGUGUGUGAAUACGGCGGGGUCCUACAGCUGCGUGUGCUCUCAGGGAUUCAUGCUGAGCGACAACGGGACGAUGUGCCUCGAUGUGGACGAGUGUGUGAAGCUGGGUGCGUGUUUAGACGGUCGCUGUGUGAACACAGACGGCUCCUUCCAGUGCCAGUGUGACACCGGCUUCACCACCAACCCCGAGAAGACGGCCUGUCUCGACGUUGAUGAGUGCGUGUCGUCUGGAGGCUCAAUCUGUGGCUCCCAGCGCUGUGAAAACACAAUCGGCUCAUUCCGCUGUCUCCGCUCCUGUGAGCUGGGAUACCGGGUCACGCAGACCGGACAGUGCGUAGAUGUGGAUGAAUGUGCCAACAGGACGGUGUGCGGCGAUCACGGCGUCUGUCACAACGACAUAGGAACAUAUCGGUGUGUGUGCGACCCGGGCUUCACCUCCAGCCCUGACACCAAGGCUUGUGUUGCUGGUCCCUCCUCCGCCUCCUCGUCCUCCUCCUUCCAUUUCAGCGUGGUGGAGUUGGGUCCGGUGCUGUCCCCCGUGGCCCGGUCCAGUGAGCCCAGGGACUGCUACUACAGCAGGGCUGAGUGGGGCAGCCGCAGCCUGCUGGCCGCCAACAUCAGCCAGCAGGAGUGCUGCUGCACACUGGGGGAGGGCUGGGGGCUGGGCUCCCAGCACCAAGCCUGCCCCGCUGCAGACACAGCUGAGUUUCUGUCCCUGUGUCCCAGUGGGAGAGGAUACGUCACCACUGGACCAGGAACCUUCAGCUACACCGAUGUGGACGAGUGCAAGCGCUUCCAACCAGAGGUGUGUAGGAACGGAGUGUGUGUCAACAAUAUCCCCGGAUACAGCUGCUACUGCUCCAGUGGAUAUGUGUACAACAGCCUGCUGCUGGAGUGUGUUGAUCACAAUGAGUGUGAGGAGGAGAGCUGCGAGGGAGGAGUGUGUGUGAACACCGUUGGCUCGUACUACUGCAGCUGUCCACCUCCUCUGGUUCUCGACAGCACUCAACGCAACUGUGUCAACUCGUCCGACCUCAACGUGGAUGAGAACCUGUCCGUGUGCUGGCAGCACCUCUCGGCUGACAUGAUGUGCCAGAGUCCCCUGCUGGGGGCUCAGCUCACCUACGUGGACUGCUGCUGCCUGUACGGCGUGGGCUGGGGGAUGGAAUGUGCCAUAUGCCCCCCGGUCGACUUCGAGGACUAUUAUUACCUGUGCAGUUCUGUUCGGGCUCCGCUGUUUCCGACUCUUCCAGAUUCAAGUGGCGCAGAAACAGGAACUGGACGAAGAGUGAGCGCUCCUCCACGCUUCCCCUCCUACCCUCCGGACUCCCUCCCUCCAGUGGCUCCUGACUAUGACGACUACUCCCCAGUAGGGGGCAGCAGGUCGAGCUUCAGAGGGAGGACACCGACCACCUACGGACUUCCGGACGGAACCUACCGCAGACCCGAGUACAGCACCAGUUACUACCCUGAAGGAGACUACCGAGCUCCUGACCGCUCCCCAUUCCCCCUCCCGGCAGACCCACGGGCCGAGAGGGCGUUCGGAGCUAGGCCUCUGCCAUCACAGCCUGAUGCUCCUCCUCUCAGACUGGCCCCGCUGCCGGGAGCCCGCUACGAGGAGGAAGAGGAGGAGGAGGCGUGGAGGCCGGCCUUCCCUCCAUUCUCUGAGAGGGGCGGGGGAACGCCCAGACGGGUGUAUGAGCGGCCGUACGAGUCCUACACCGGCAGCACAGCAGAGGAUUGUGGGAUCCUGCACGGCUGUGAGAAUGGCAGGUGUGUCCGUGUCGCAGAGGGCUACACCUGUGACUGCUACCCAGGAUAUGAACUGGACAUGACCUCCAUGACCUGCAUCGACAGGAACGAGUGUGAGGACGACGCCGGCGCGGAGUUCCCGUGUGUGAACGCUCGCUGCGUCAACACCGAAGGCUCGUUUCGCUGCGUCUGCAGGAGAGGCUACGUCGUGUCCCGCAGACCCAACCACUGUGUGGCUGCGUAGACCGGGCCUGACUGGACCGGACCAGUAGAACGGGUCAACAACGGCACAAUGACUCAAACACAUUAGACUGAAGUGGGUUUUGGCUUUUACUACAGGACUAGAAAUGACAAACUCUACUGGACCAAGGUUUAAUUCAUGGCCCAGAGCUCUGGAUUCUAAAAAGAAUUCAACAAGUGAUGUCUUUCUAGAAAAUCCAAAACUAGAAACUAAAAUAUUGAGAAAUUAUAAGUUGUAUAUUUUGGUCUAAGGUCAGUGGUUGAAAGCAGGCAGCGCUAUAUGUUUGUUCUGACAGAACCAGGCCAGUGUCUGGUUUCCCGGACUCUCAGCCACGAUGCCACCAGGCGUCAGGAGCCGACGCUGGAGAAGAGCGUUCACACAGGAAACGUUUGUGCACUGUUUUUAAUUUACAUUUUAACACAUCGUCUUUAAAGCUGCAACUAACUCAUUAUCGAUGCAUCUGCUGUUUAUUUUCUCUUAUUUGCUUUGUAAAUCUCAAGUAAUUAAAAAAAAGAAUUAUAAUACAACACAUUUAGGCAGCAAUUAUCACUUCACGUGAACGAUUUCAAAGCUGCAGCAACUGAAGAAGAAAUUAUAGAAGAACUAUUGUAAAAUAUUGUAGAAAUAAUUAGCUUUUACGUUUUAGCUUUACUGUAUUUACGGUAGUUCGUGUAUCAGUGUUAGUUGCUAUAAAACUGAAGCUAAAUCCUGAUAACUGACUGUGGUCAGCGUAUGAAAUGUAGCAACUAGCAUCUGUAAUGAUUAGGAGCCACUUCCAAAAGGUUAAAUAGGCCAACAAUGUCCGACAGGCGACUGUUUUUACUGUACCCGUAGUCAGCAUUAACUGAUUCUACUGUUCAUACUAGUUACUACUAGGGACUACAGGGACACUACUACAAUGCUAACUAAACAAAAGGAAAUUGCUAACUAUUAGCUCACCAGCUAACAAAUGUGUUAGCUUAAAAAUGUUAGCUCACAGCUAACAAAUGCGUUAGCUCAAACAUGUUAGCUCAAACGUGUUAGCUCACCAGCUAACAAAUGUAUUAGCUCAAGCAUGUUAGCUCACAGCUACAACUUGAUGUUUAGAGUAAUGCGGUUAUGACCACAUGAACAUGGUUUGUGUUGUAGUUGCUUUUUUCCUCCUUGUGUUGACCCAAAUUAACGCAGCAUCUGAUUUGGGAUGGUAUCAGUUUCAGAACAUUAAUCAACUUUCACUGACUUCAAGGUGUCUGAUUCAUCGGCGUGCCUCAAUGUUUCUCGAUGAGUCAAAGCUUUAUCUCAGCAUUAAACCAAACUGUGUAAGUUUGUUAGGGCCACAGACGCGUUGUGCGUUUUCCUCCACAGGAGUUUGAUUGUAACUUUUCACGUUAAUUUUGAAUUGUUUUGUGGUGAAUGAUUCGCUUUUCUAAUCAUUGUUUUUUUGAGAAUAUAUUUGCACACUUUUGUUUAGA